AAGUCUGUCCUCUGCUGUCAUUUUCUGUCUUGAUGUGCAGCGACACCAUCUUUACCAUCUUUACCAUCUUUACCAUCUUUCUGCACCAUGAGGACUACUUUGUGUGUCUGCUUCCUCGUGCUGCCUCUUCUCAUGGCGGAGGAACACCUCAACGAGUUCUAUUCUCUCCUGGAAAAGAGUCAGGGCACUUUAGUGGAGCCACCCCAGACCAACCAGAGCAGGCUGAUGGUGAAAGAACCUUCACUGGCCAUCAAUGAGCUUCUGGAGAAGAGCAGCAGGACGUCCGAGUCCAAGUUCCAUCCUCUCCCGUCUUCCGUGUGGCCAAAGCACAGCCACCUGUCCCCCGUCCUGCGCCACCACAACAAGAGUAAGAAAGGUGGCAAGAUGUUGGAAGUGAGCACUGACAAAAGCCGAGGAGAAGCGAGCGGUCUGCUUCCCAAACCGGCAAACCGCACGGUCCAGAUGGGCCUCAGCCCGCCUCAGCCCACCCAGCCAGAGGACCAUCCCAACUCCAGAGCCAGAAGCGCUCCGGCUCCUGGCAGAGACCCCCCCGGCCGACGCAUGGACCCUGAGGAGAACCGGCCAGGGAAGGCCGGCCUCUUCCAGGCGGGCAUGGCUGUGACGCCACCCCGAAACAACAGCCGGCCGGCGGUCAGCUACAACCGCCGCUCUUCAAGCCUGCUGCAGCACUUUGACGUCCUCAGACCAGGUCAGUGA